AUGUCUACCGAGAAGGAGGAAUCAACAAGGGAAAACACAACAACUGUUGUUCCUUCCACUAAUGACGAUAAUCAAAAGAAAAAUAUUACAUCAUCAAGUGGUAGCAGUAGUACUAAUGCAUCCACAUCAUUACCGGAAGAGAGUGAUUUUAUUUCUAAAGCCCUCAGCCUGUUAAUCAUGUUGGGAGUUGUUGGAGUAGCACUGUAUUUGAGGUCAGUCAAUCAAUCAGAAAAAGUCUCUCGCUUAGAUACUUUUCAAAAAGUUGAAAUUAUUCCCGAAUUAUUUAUUACUUCUGAGGAUGGUAGUAGAAGAAAGGACAAUAUUGAUUCACUUGUUGUCUAUAAACAUGAAUGGUUAAUAACUACAGCUAAAGCAUCCAAUGCAUUAUUUAUAUUUGAAGCCAAGACUGGAAAAUACUUGUUUACUAAAUCUCUGAAAACUGGAGACUACGAAGCAAAUAGACCAAAUGGAAUUACUCUCUUCACCAUUCUUGAUAAGGAAUAUUUAUUUGUCACAGAAAGAGAUGGAAGGAGAGUUUGUAUUGUAGAUAUUGGAGAUGAUUUCAAAAUUGUCUACUCAUUCGGAGAGGAAGUAUUGAAGAGACCUUAUGCUCUCGAUUUGAUGAAAACAAAUUCUAAUCAAGACGAGGAAACUUAUCAUGUCUUUGUAACUGAUAAUUACAUGCUCAAAGAUUCUAAAGGAAAACUCAAAGUGGUUCCACCAUCUGACAAGUUGGACAAGAGAAUUCAACUCUUUGAAAUUAUCGCCAAUAAGAAGGAUUAUACAUUCCAAUCUAAAUAUGUCAAAAAGAUUGGAAGCAUACUUGAGGAGGCAACAUCUGGAGUUUUGAACAUUGUGGAAACUGUCGUUAUUGAUGAGGCAUAUGAUAGAUUACUCAUUGCUGAUGAGCAUAUUUUGAAUAUCAAAAUAUACAAUUUUUCCUCACACGAAUUUUCAGGUAAUACCAUUGGAUUGGCAGCAGGUCAAACCACUAGUACCAAUAAUGUAAAAUGUCCAAAAGAUUUUUCAUUUGCUGGCGAACCAGAAGGGUUCGUUAUUUAUUCCUGUCAAACCACCAAUAAGGCUAGAAGUGUAGAAACAGGAUUUUACAUUUUCACAGAUCAACUUGAUGAUAGAACCAAGUUCCACAUUGUAAGAAGAGACAAUUUGUGUUAUGUUGGAUCUUUUAUGGGCAAUGUUGUUUCCAAGACUGAUGGUGUCACUAUUGAUGAAACAUUGGGAAUUUUCUACGCUGUACAUAAUGAUAGUGUUAUUGGUACAUUUAAAAUUAAAGAUAUUCUCAAUCGUGUAGUGAAGAAGAAUUUGAGUGCAAGUGAGCUAGCUCAAAUAUGUCCACCUCUCUAAAAUCUAUUUUUCAAACCAGAAUGCAUAACAAUUUCAAUUUUCUAAUUUGAAGAUUUUGAACGGCACCCAAUAGUAUUAAGAUAUUUGAAAAUCAUAUUGCUAGCCAUUCAACUUCAAUUAUAAAAAUAAUAAUAGAUAAU